AUGUCAACUAAUCAGAGCGGUACGAACUCCACUCCCGCUCCUACUGCUGGUGCUGCCAACCAACCUGUCAGCCCUGCAACUCCAACUGUUGGCACCACUGUUGGUACGCCUGCCAAUGCUACCGCACAACCUGGUGAUACUUUUGCAAGCUUAAAGUUUGCUGUCACGACCCUCUUUCAAGCGUCUCUCGACAGUCCAUUCAUGCUUGCUCUUCGUUGUGAUGGUAGCAAUUGUCUCAUGGAUCUCCUCUCCUCUGAGGAUGAAGUCCGUGAACUGAAAUAUGAUGCACCUAUCAUCAACGAACAUGGGGCGGAUACUGGCCGAACUGAGCUUGUACAGCUUGAGCGGCCCCAUCGUGGUACUUCUAGGGCUUUACUUGGAAAUGCUUACCUCCGUGAAACCGUUCAUCGCGAUCCGAUCACUCCGAUCAAUUGCAUGAACAUGGAUGUGCAGGCAUUCCUAAACUAUCAAUGUAGUGGUGACUUUAUAAUGGAGACGAACCCAGACAGCCAUCUAGCCACCGUACGCAACAAAUUUGCACCCAAACAUGGGGAGCUACAACGGCCAAUGAGCGACAAAUCAGACCGCCAAGCUACAGUAGACGUGAUCAGUAAUCAGUAUAGUGACACUACUAGUCCUACUACUAUUGUUUCCUCCGCUCUAAAACCUAGUAUUCGCAUGUCUGACGGUGUCAAUAUACUCAAUGGUAGUCGUGCCACACAACUUGUUGGCGCACAAAACACCAUGAGUAGACCGACACUGAACAAGCGUGACAUUGCAAAUGAUGGCAAAGGUGAGAGACCAUUCGAGAGAGUAGGCAUCCUAAAGAGUAGUAAAACUAUUUCAACUCUGAAUGAAGCCUCUGAAGAUGAGACUCUCGACCAACUAGAUGAUUUCGACACUGCUAUGGAUCUGAAUGACACUGGCAUUGGUAAUGCCACACUCGUCACCAACCUUGACUGGGACCAAACUUUAUUGGACCCACACAGUGGCAAUCUUGGCCGUAGUGUCUCUGCCGACAGCACUAGCCACGGCUUGCUCCUUCAGUUGCCGGAAGCGAGCAUGGGGAGUGAUUCUGAUGCUCUUCUUCCUGAACAAGAUGAGACUGACGAGUACCCAAUGGAUUUGGAGAAUGGAGAGCAACAGUGUGUGAUCUCUGAUAAGUUGGCUGUCGUACCGGCUACCAAACGUCCACCGCCUACACCUCAACAAGAAGCCAAACAACACGAGUUCACGGUUAGGAGUCGUACAGCGGGUGGGCGGGAGUUAAAAAUUUUCUACCUAUUGCUGGAGUCUGAAGGUGUUUUGCUCAAGUUCCGAGUUGGAUUGAUUUGUGUGCUUUUUGAUGCAGCUGCAAGUCAUUCCAAUUCGGGUCUUU